AUGAUUAUUUAUAAGGAUUUGAUAACCGGCGAUGAACUGUUCACCGACUCCUCCAAAGUAAAACUGGUGGACGGGUGCCUCUUUGAGGUGGAGUGUCGGCACGUGACUCGAAAACAAGGCGAGAUCGAAAUCGCCGGCUUUAACCCAUCGGCCGAAGAGGUGGACGAGGGAACCGAUGAUCAGGUGGAGUCCGGUCUGGAUCUGGUGCUCAACCAACGUCUCGUCGAAACCGGUUUCUCGAAGAAU